CCUGGUAUCCUCCGUUUCUAAUCAUCAUGCCUGUUUUUUUUGCCAUUAAACUAGAUAUAAUCCCAUAUUCCGAUCUUUUAACGUGUUUUUUUUUAAAAUUUCGGUAGCUGUAUGGCGCUCAUCUAUUAUACGAAUUUGAUUAUCUACUACGGCAGGCUACCUCUUAGUUGAAUUGUAGCCCAAUACGCUAAGCUUAACUGAAUUGCGAAGAGUUUGGGACCCUGUAUUGAUAUCUUCGGCCACAGGCCAGAGCAGUCUAAUCAUGGAGGCCGUGGGUUCUGUCGCGUCCAUCGCGCAGCUAAUAGAGAUCACAGCCAAAGUCUUCCACUACUGCGUCACAGUAAUUGGCGCUUCAAAAAUGAUUGACGAGCUUGGUCGUACGUCAAGUAUGAUGUUGCAGCUGCUUUAUGAGGUGAAGCGGCAGGUCGACGCGGAUGCCUCCGCAGCACGUAGCCGCCCUCUAGGACCCGAUGACCUUAUUCAAGAGUUACAAGAAUGCAUGAUCGACUUAUCACGUCAGUUUGAGAAAACGAGCUCCAAAGGCUUCAUGCAAAAAAUACGAUUCGCUCAUAUGGAAAAGGAUAUACAGAAGACUGUCGAGAAGGCAUCUCGUAUGAAUGGCUUUCUUAACUCUUGGCUUACACUGGACAUCAAGCAGACGACCAAGGCAAUUGUCGAUGGUGUCAAAGCACUCAAUAACCACGCGGAAGAGGAGAUGAUUAAUGGUAAAAUUGAUCGCAUCGUAGAGCACUAUGCUUCUGUUAGCUUCUCUGAGAAGCAUGGCAACGUCGUUCAACAGAGGCAGGACGGGACUGGCCAAUGGUUUCUCGAGUCUGUAGAGUUCCAAGACUGGAUGCAAUCUGUCGGGGGGGCCAUGUGGUGUUCAGGAGCACCGGGAGCCGGAAAGACAGUUAUGGCCUCAAUAGCCAUCGAAUAUCUCCGGGACAGGGUACGUGAGAGUGGAGAUGGCCGUCUUGCAUUUCUCUACUGCGACUAUCGUCAACGCCAAGAUCAGAAAGCCUCAAUGAUGCUUGGUAACCUUUGGGCACAGCUUUUCCGACAGCGAGGUCCCUCCGCUACAGAGGUUGAGCAACUAUUUGGAGAAAUAUUAGCCCGCUUCGACUUUAAACCAUCUAGGACUCAGAUAAUAAACAUGAUCCGAGACGAAUUAACAAAUGGUACACCGGGGCAGACAUACAUAGUCGUUGAUGCCCUUGACGAAUGCGCGGACGAGAACGAACGAAAUGGCUUCAUUGAUGGUCUGCGCAGCUUGCAACCUUUGGUUAACAUAUUGGUUACUUCCCGGACUACACAUUUUGACAAUGCAGGAUUUACUGAUGUACGGGCCUUUCGCUUUAUACCUACCAACGAAGAUAUGAGUACUUAUAUAAACGCACGAAUACGAGAAUCGAAGAAAAUGUCUAGUUAUAUACAACGGAAACCGGAACUGGAGGGGAAUAUUCGACGCCUGGUUAUCGAGAGGGCGAACGGAAUGUUCCUUCUAUGCAGAAUGCAUUUAGAUUCUUUAAGUAGAGCGAUCACUCUUAAAGACCUGAAAAGGGAGCUGGGCCGCAUCCCAGAAGGUGAAAACGUCAUCAAGGAUACGUACGACCAAGCAAUGGAACGAAUUCAAGACCAGGGCGUGAACAUAGAGAAAUUUGCUCUGAAAGUUAUUAGAUGGGUCUGUUUCGCAAGACGUCCGCUUAGACUAGCAGAGCUCCUGUGCGCCUUAUCUAUUACCCCGGAUGAUACAGAACUCGACGAAGAUGCAAUUGGCGAAGAGAGUGAUAUCACUAACUAUUGUGCUGGCCUUGUAGUUGUGGAAGGCGAAAGUAAGACCGUGAGAUUCGUUCAUUACACUACGCAGGAGUACUUCAAUUCGCUGAAGGAUGUACACAACUUUGCCCAUAGCCACGGGGAAAUAGCUUUAACUUGUAUCUCUUUCCUUGGACUCGAUGAUCUGACACUUUCAACGAACGGCCCCUUGGCCCAAAUCUGGUCCGUAGGAGAUGAAGCGCCAUUCUUUGCAUACGCGGCCAUGCAUUUUGGAUAUCACUACAUCCAGGAGUCAAAUCUUCCGGAUCCGGAACAGUCCGAUUACUUAGAGGAUAUCACCGAGUUGUUCCUGAGCUUUCUUAAACGUCCGGAACAUGUUCAACGCGCAACCACAUCGAUACUCAAGAAUAUAGGGGGUAGAAUCUCCGCAAUUUUCAACGAUCCUAAUCUUGGGGAUGAGAUGCCUGUUAAGGGGACGACGAUGGAUUUGGCCGCAUUCUUCAACGUGAUUAGGAAAGAAUCUGAUAGUCGUCCGUUUGGAGUAACGAUCGAAUGGCUGUUAUUAAAUACGUCCGGAGCAGCGGAUUACGAUAGAACACGUCUCGGAAACUCACUCCAUUGGGCAUGUCUUAACAAUUCAGUUGAAUCGAUAAAGGUACUUCUGGAAAGCCCAGAUAUCGAAUUAGAUGCGAACGCAUCUGCUGGGCAUGGCAUCGGUUGGCCAGCAGCAAUGGUUUCCGUUGGCUAUGGUUCUCUUGGCACUCUUCAGGCCCUCUUGGAUCACGGAAUCGAUAUUUAUAAGAAGUCUGCACAAGAAUGGCAGACGACACUACUGGAGGAAGCCAUAUGGUCGGCCCAUGCUGUGAAGGGGUCUGAUAAAACGAUACUGAUAGAGGCAAUAAUGCAGAAGGAUCCGCUUGGUAGACUGCUACUCUCACGAGAUAUUUACUUCAGCACGGCACUCAUAGAGGCAGUGCGUACGGCGGACUUCAGCGUGUUUGAGUGUAUCAUGAAGCAUCAUAGCAGGAUUCAAGAAAUUGGCAGAAGGAAUGAAGCAAUCCUCACCGGCGACUUCCAUAGGAGAACGGCGUUACAUUUGGCUGUAGCUGAUUCCUCUCUGGCGUUUAAAAGUUCUGAUGGAGGUGCGAACUCAGGCAUCCUUCGAAUACUCGAGACACUUUUGGACAGUCCAUACGCCGGUCUCCUCCUUAAAUGGCGUGAUACAAAAGGGGAUACACCGUUCGAGGCAGCUAUCCGCCGGAAUAAUAUACAAGCUGUCGAUACUAUCCUCAAGAAGCACGAUGAGCACGAAUUCCCCGAUUUCUAUCCAUCCCAACUGGUAUCGGGACUGCACCUUGCCGCUCGAGUCUCAAGUUCCUCUGUGAUAGACCUACUACUAAGCAAAAUGGACGAUAGCCUUCUACAAAAUCCCGGUGUCGAUGGCGUAUUGCACUAUGCUGCUGGUGGGAGUAGACCUGAAAACACAGAAUUCCUGCUACAAAAGCUCAAACAUUUGUACCUUUAUGGAGCUCCGGGAUCUAACGGUAACCGACCUGUUCACUACGCGGCAGCAAGCGGGAAUAUCGACGCCGUGGUAGCUCUGUCGAAACAAAAGAGAUUCAACAUUGAUUGUCAAAAUGACCAAGGGCAGACCGCAUUACAUCUAGCCGCACAUGGAAACUUAAUUGACAUAUGUUCAAGUCUCUUGAAGGCCAACGCGAGUAUCAACGUCAAAGACCUUAACGGCUCCACGCCGCUCGACAUUGCUAUUAAGAAACGCUUCGCAGAAGCCGUACGUAUUAUGGCCCAACGUCCAAUAACAGAGAUUAGCGGCCUCGACGACGAAGACAUCGCCUGGAUACGGCAGCAACCUUGGGGAAAUGCUUUGAUUCACGAGCCUGCUGGUUCCUCUAACUUAUCAGCAGACACCGAAAAAUGGCCGAAAGAAGAGGAAGACAUCAUAACGGCAGCGUUGUGUCUACAAAGGAAGCUUAGACGGCAAAUAGGGGCAUCUAAAUACACUCAUGUGUCAGCCUACCUCAUAUCCCGUAUCCUCGAUCUAGCAGAGUACUGGGCCAAGUCCACUAGCAUCCGAGUUAGUAUCGAAAGGGGCGGCGAGGUAAGAAGAUGGGGCGAUCCCUUAACACCGUACAUCACCAGCAAAGCCAUCAACAGCCUCUCAUCCCGACCCGUGCGGCGCAUCGUAUUCGAAAUCACAAGCCACGAUCAAGGCUACUGCUCCGACCCAAGUAGAGGCGAGAGCUGGACCUGGUUUACGGCCGACGUCCACCGGCGCGGGAACACCUUUUCGCAAGACUUGGUAAGCCCACAGGAUCAAGGCACUACAAAUAGAGAGAUCCACCUCGCGCAGAACCGCGGCGCAAAUAUACAGUGGCACACACAUACGUUAUCGUGGAACCUCGGAGAUCUUACGGAGGCAGAUGCCGAGCGUGGCUCUUGGAUCAAGGCCCUAGCACCGGGGGAUCGGAUUCUCGUCUUACCGCACGCUCGGUACCCGGGUUGGGAGAAUUGGGUGCGCCGUGUGAGAAUCGAUGUGUACACUACAUGUUUAAGGAGCAGUGGGAAAGGGUGGUUAGAAUAGGAGAAUAGGAGAAUAGGAGAGCCUAGAUUACUAGAGAUCUUUAGUACGGCAUCGUGCCAUGGACUUGAGCAGUCCCGCAGAUUUAAGGGGGUUAGAUGCAUGGUAUGGAGGCGAAGAGGGGCUCUUGAAUAUUGUGUGUUACUACGGUCAACUUAUUAAAGCCAUGUACGAUGAAGAUUUACGAGAUAUUGUAAGGGAAAACAUUAGAAUGCUCUCGUACCUAGGCGCAACACUUGGGCGAAUUGGAGAUGGGACGAAUUAAGAUGUAGUAUAGUAUAUUAUAGUAUAUAAGUUAGGUAGUCUCAUAAAUAUAACGGGUAUCAUUGUUUAUACUUAA